AUGGAGCAAGGUCGUGGGGCUGCCGUUGCUGCGCACGGAGAUGUGGUCGAGGGUGCGGAGACCGCCACAGAUGCCGUCCAAGAAGUUGCCGCCGUCGGCGGUGCGGGAGAUGCUGCACCCGCAGUCGCUGGAUCGGUCCCUGCGGCGGCGGAUCUGGUGGCGCAGGGGGUGGUGGGCUCGGACUCCGUCGUGGCAGACCUGGUGGUGACGGCGUCUGGCGGCUCACUGGAUGUAGGUGCGGAGGCGAGCGGAAGGCAGGUGGUGGAUGUGGUCAAUGAGAAAGGUGCUAGCAACAAGAGGAAGCUGGACAUCGCUGGGUUCGACGACCCGUCUGAUUCUGACGACGACUUGGAGUACAACUCUAGAGAUGAGGUGGAAGAGUGGAACCACAGGUCCUUCAUUGAGCAUGAAGCCAACAAGAUCAGGGAGAAGGGGAAGGCGGCGUACUACAAGUGGGGCAAGUUCAGGUGCCCAUACUGCACCACUAAGCCAAUUCCCAAGGAUGGGCUGUAUGAGCACCUUAUGGCACAUGCACGCGGUUUAACCAGGAGUGGGAGCGACGUGAAGAUCAGGGCAGAGCAUGCAGCCCUCCUGAAGGCUAUGGGUCCCAUCUAG